GAUGCUAUUCACGCAUGUCAUGAGUACAUAACCUUUUGAUUUGUUUAGUUGAACACUGCACAUAUAUUACAGUGUUAAAUAAUAAUAAAUUAUAUUAUUUUUGUGCCAUAAAACGUAAUGAUCUUGUAAGAAUUUGGUUUUUAUAUAUUUAUAUACGAAAAUUUUGUACGGCAUAUAUAAUCAGUCAAAAAAACGUACGGCUUUUUCCCUGAACUGGCGACAAAUGAUCAUUUAAAUAUACAAAUAAUUUGCAACUACACAUUAAUCUAUAAGAAAACAACUAUGUUGAGAAUUUUCAAGUAUAUUUUAUAUUCAACAUUUGCACGAAAUAUGUACCAAAUAUCUGUUAGAAGAAAAUCUUCAAAAGCUGAUAAAAUAAAAAAGUUGAUGAAAGAAUAUAAAUCAGUGUUUGGUACAUUAGUUGAAACAAAAGCCGAAAAGAAGAAAAGACUAAAAUUGGAAAAGAAAGGAAAAAUUAGCCAGCAAAAAUCAAAUGACAUAGAUACAGAAUUUUCAUGGGUUAUGGAAAAUUCUGGCAAUAAUCUGAAAAAAAUUAUUUUAGAAUCACAAAACGUAUCAAAUUCUAAUGACAGCGAAGAAAAGCUUUUGACAAAGUUUAACAAAAGUUCAACUGACGAAAAUGUAAAAACGAUUUCUCAUUUUAAGUAUAAUCAAGUCCAAAAAAUAAGACUUUCAAUUACUAAUUCCAAAUUGUCAACUGUUCAAGAUAUGAAUAAUAAUCACAAUAAAGUUGGUUCUAUAACAGAGUCUUCACAUUUUAAUCAAGAUAUGCCUAUAGAAAGUAGCAGUAUUCAUAAGAAUGCUUCAAAUUCCAAUACAUCUGAUAUUAAAAAUACAUCUAUUAAGUAUGUGUCCUCUAAAAGUCUAUCUGACAUUAUUAUAAAGAAUCUGCUAUCUUUCCCAAUAAUGGGCAGCAAACAAGAAUCAUCCACAGAAUCGACAGAAAUAUUCUCCAUUUCUGGAAUGGAUGAUCCAGAAACAAUAAAAUUUCCCAGUGUAACUAGAAUUCUCACAGAAACUAUGCCACUAGAAUCGAAACUAGCUUUAGAGGCAUGGAAGAAAAGAAUGAUAAAUCAACUUGGACAAGAAGGAUUUGAAAAAUAUCAGAAAGCAUUAUUAGAAGAUGGAGCAUCUUUACAUUCGUGUAUAAUGCACAACUUGCUGGAAAAAGACUAUGAAGUUCCUUCAAGAAUCGAACCAGUUUUUAAAAGUGUUCAACACGUUUUGGAGGAUGUGCGCUAUGUAAAAGCUGUCGAGACGCACGUGGCUCACACAAAAUUGCGUUACAAGGGCAUAAUCGAUUGUGUAGCCUCCUACAGGGGCGAAAAUUACGUAAUUGAUUGGAAAAAGUCAGAUAAGAAAAAAUUGGAUUUAAAGCAAACAUACGAUGGGCCUAUACAAAUUGCUGCAUACAUCGGAGCUAUCAAUGCUUCCAAUCUGUAUCCCUUUGUGAUAAAACGUGGAUUACUCGUGAUUGCUUACACGUGCGGCACACCAGCGACAGUACAUGAGGUGUGCGACAAUACACUGCAGCGGUACUGGACUGCAUGGUUGCACCGCCUGCAGAAAUACUAUGUCGAAACAGCGAACAAUGAUGACAAUAAGAGCACACGCCGAUAAAACGCUAAUGUACCGAAGUACCACGUAUAUUCAUUAAAACUUUUCCACACAAAGCCAAUUAAAGCUCUAUCCGUCAGCCACAGGUAACUCCCGACAGGAGUCGGCAGAAGUUUUUAAUUCCAUCCCUUGCGCGUCUGAAGUUGCAAUAAUCUAUAGUCUUUGGGGAGUAGUUGGGAAAGCCCUCCCUCCCUCCGUCGGAGGAGGAAACCGGAGGACGCGGGACACAGCGAGAGGAAAACCGCGUCGAUACGGCGACUCAUUAAGCCUUGUGGUGGGCUCGGCAUUUGUGAUUUAUGAGAAUCCUAUGCACAUUUUGCAAGCGCCCAAAAUAACGAUUAUUGUAAAAAGAUGUAAACUUUCCUUUUCUGUAUAAUUCAUAAAAUAAAAAUUUUUA